AUGCGCCUCGCGCUCGCCCAGGCGGCCACCGCCGCGUCCAACGACGAGGUCCCGGUCGGCGCGGUCCUCGUGCACACCGCAUCCGGCAAGGUGCUGAGCUCGCACCACAACACCGUCCUCGCGCAGGACGACCCGACCGCGCACGCGGAGAUGAAGUGCGUCCGCGACGGCGCCAAGGUCCUCGGCGGAUGGCGGUACCUCCGCGACGCUACCCUCUACGUCACCCUCGAGCCGUGUCCCAUGUGCGCGGGCGCGGUGCUCAACGCCAGGCUCGGAGCCGUGGUUUGGGGCGCGCCGAACAAACUGAUCGGCGCGGACGGCAGCUGGAUCUCCCUCAUGGGCGACGGAGGCGACGGCGCGACGCCCGGGCUGGAGGUGAGGCGACGGGUGCUGGAGACGGAGUGCGCGAGCCUGAUGCGGGAGUUCUUCAGGCGACGGAGGGAGGAGAACAGGGAGACGAGGAGGGCGGCGGGGGGGGUAGCGAAGCCGAGCUGA